AUGGCAGACUUACCACGAGUAUUCGGUCAUUUAGUUCAGAGUGAACUUUCGAAGGCACCAUGCACGAACACCCACGAAGAUUUGCAUACUGCGAUAGAUACGCUUUCUGGUUUGACUAGGGCAUGCGAAUCUGUAUUAUCGGAUAUCAUUGAGCGAGGAGAUAAUCCAAAUCUUUGCCGUACAAUGAAAAGAGUGAACAAUGUACUUGCGUGGGAUAAAUGGUGGCUUAGCUACCUAUUCUUCGGGGAACAGAGCUGAUAGUUCUAGUAUUAGAAACCACGAAAGCGAAGCGCUCCGAUCCCCACUUUCUAUUCCGCGCGCACAAAAGAAUUGGUGGAGGCCAGCCUGUGUUCACUCCAGAAAUAAAUCUCGAGUUUGAUCAAAGAUUCAGGUGCACAACCUCUACUGAUGAUCUCGCCCAACGAUUGGCUGUACACUUGAACAAGUUCAAUUUGGAGAGGCAACUUGAGGAGAAAAUAGUCACCCAUUUCGUGUCUAUGAGCCCGCAACUGGAAUGGGCAUUCCACGCCACGGGACAAAGAUGGCAGGAAAAAGAUCCUGAUGAGGAAGUUGGACUCGCUAUAUUCUACUUCAAGAUAUUACAGCAGGACCCGAACAUCGCAAUCUUCCGGGUUGAAGACAUCCUUGAUUUCCUCAUAGCAGAACGCAAGGACUACAUCAUAACAGAGGAACUUGCCGAAUGGGCGCGAAAUUGCGACGAGUACAUCUCGUUCGGUGAGAUCCCCACAGUUGGGUUUGUAAACUGGAUAACUUGGGAAAAUCUGUCGUCACCGUCAAGCAUACUUCCGUCUUGCUUUCUGGAUAUCUACACCCUUGGGAACUACAGAAAAUGGAUAAAACAGGACCGUAAUCAACAAAAUCUAGAUCCGGACACGAUUAGGAGUAGGGUUUUUGAAUUUACAAAACUGUUGUGUGGGACUCAAGAGAAUCUCUUCUACCCAUUGCGCGAGCUGGUGCUGAAGCCAGGACUUCAAUUCUGGGGCUACACAUGGAAUGCGGAACAGAUAUUUGGGGGAGAAUAUGGAGGAUCUCUCUACACUUAG